UAUAUACAAACAAUAUAAACGCUUAGCAUUUUAAUUAAAAUAUUCGUGUAAAUGUUUAAGUAUUUACUUAAAAACCUAGUUUUACAAGGAUUUUAAUUUAUGCCAAGUAGUAAUUUUAUAUAUAGAAAUAUUAUUUUCUUUUAAACAUGUCAGAAUAUGAUAAAGUUAGGAAAGGCAAGCUUGUGCUGAAGGGUGAGAAAUCUAAGUCCAAGAAACGCAAGCACUCCAAAACCAAAGAAAAGAUAACAGUUAUCCGUGAAGACCCAGAUGCCAUCAGCCACGGUGGCUGGUGGAAAACCAGCGUAAUAACCGAGAUAACCGGCAACGUAGCCCUUGAAUUCGGCAAACAAACCUACAUGAAAGCCCUAGACAACGGUCUGUUUACUCUAGGAGCCCCCCACGACGAGGGCGACCCUCCAGAACCCGAAGAAAUCUUCACAGCAAUCACCAUAAAUGAAAAUAAAAUAGCCUUAAAAUCAGGCUAUGGUAAAUACUUAUCUGUGGAUAAAAAUGGUAUAGUUAUCGGUCGAUCUGAUGCAGUGGGUGCAAUGGAGCAGUUUGAGCCUAUUUUCGAAGACGGUAAAACUGCUCUGUUGGGGCCCAGGAAUAACUUUGUUGCUGUUGAUCCUGAAGACGAUGCUAUCGUUGCUUUGAGCAAGAAGGCUAGUGCUGAUGAGUACGUUGUUAUAAGGACUAUGAACGAGAGGGAGAAUGAGGAGCAGAUUGAGGUGCCGAGUGAGGAGAAAGGAAAUUUGAAGGAGGUGGAACUGAAUUAUGUGAAAAAAUUCCAAAAAUUCCAAGACAAGAAAAUCAAAAUCAGCUCCGAGGACAAAAAGGAAUUAAAGAAAGCCAAAAAGGAAGGAAUACUACACGAAACAAUGCUGGAUCGCCGGAGCAAAAUGAAAGCAGAUCGAUAUUGUAAAUAAAUUUAAAUUAAAAAAAAAACCUUGACUUGACUUGAGUAUAUAUUAUCAUUGGACGGAUUAAUUUUAACACAACAUUAAUAAAGUCAUAUGAAACUAAAAAUACACCUAUUAAUAAUAAAACUUACAGAUAAACAUGUAAAAAAUAUACAAUAAUAAAAG